AUGAGUUUCCAAGGAUCUGAUCCUAUAACAAUUGUAAGAAAUAAAAAUAUUAAGCAGCCGCUGUCAAGCUCUGUGAAAUCAUGGGCAUCUUCAUAUUCUCGAAGUCAACAAUAUAAUAUUAAUCAAGAACUUAAUGGCUUAUUACAAAGCGAAUUUGAUCAUGAAGGAGAAAACGAUCAUAAUGCUUUGGAUCCUUGCAACGAAAGAUCUGAUAUUUUCAUUAAUGAAAGGACUCCCUUGAUUUCUCAACCUGUUAUUAUUGAGGAAUUAGAAGAUGCUCAGGAUUACAAGAGGUUGACGUAUCUUGGAAAAUCCACUUUUAAUCAAACUGUUUUCAAUGCUGUGAACAUAUUGAUGGGACUUGCGAUCUUGUCUUUUCCACUUGCGUUCAAGUAUGCGGGAUGGUUUUUUGGAAUAUUAAUAUUCUUGUUCUGCUUAAUACUAACGAAUUAUACGGCAAAGCUUCUUAAAAAAUGUCUCGAUAUCGAUCCUGAUUGUCUUACCUAUGCCGAUCUUGCAUCUUUAGCUUUCGGUCAAAAAGGAAAGUUAAUCAUAGGAGGUUUGUUCACGAUGGAUUUGUUUAACGCGGCAGUUGUUAUAAUGAUUCUCGUUGGUGAUUCACUCCAUACCCUCUUUCCACGUGUCGAUCUGGUGCAGUUGAAAUUGAUAUCAUUUUUUAUAAUAACUCCUUUCACGUGGAUGCCCAUGCAUUUCCUGUCAUAUGCAUCGAUAUUUGGAAUAAUUUCAACGUUGUCGGUGGCGGCUGUUAUAUUAAUAGAUGGUUUUUCCAAACUCGAACCUCCAGGAAGUAUUCUUAAUCCAAUGGACACAUCCUUUUUUCCAUCGAAUUGGAUGACUCUGCCAUUGGCAUUUGGUCUUAUAAACGCUGGGUUUGCAGGUCAUGCCGUUUACCCCUCACUUUAUCGUGAUAUGGCAAAACCCGCAUUGUAUAAUCGUAUGGUCAAUUACAGUUAUUUAAUCUCAAGUAUUGUUUACAUUACUGUCGCAGUAAGUGGUUACCUAAUGUUUGGACCGGAUACCUUACAAGAGAUAACGUUAAAUAUCAUGAAGACCAAGGGAUUUAGCGUCCUUCUUAAUUCUAUCGUGGUUUGGAUGAUAGUUACCAAUCCAUUAACUAAAUUUCCUCUCGUUAUAACCCCGAUAAAUAUAAUCUUUGAAGUUGGAUUCCUCAGAAUACCGUUUGUUUAUCAAUUUUUCGCGUCAAAGGUUGCAAAAAAUUUUUUCACUAUAAUGUCCAGGACUAUAUUGUGUUCCUUGGUCAUAUUUACUGCAAUAUUUCUUCCAGAAUUUGAUCGUGCAAUGUCACUACUUGGAUCAUUAUUCUCUUUCCUGAUAUGUGGAAUCUUCCCGAUAUUAUGUCAUUUAAAACUGUUUGGUCGUCAAUUAUCAAAUAAAGAACUUGCAUGGGAUUUGAUUCUUUUGGUGAUGAGCUCAAUAAUUGCAAUUGUGGGAACUAUUUGGACAUUUUUCCCUAAUGAAUGGUUAGAUGACAAAAAUUAG